UAACAUAUCCCUAAGCCUCAAUACAAACAACAGUUAACCCGACUAAUUAACUAAUUGAAACAUUACAACAACAAUGUCACUUUUGCCAUUUUUUGUUAGCGUUAAAUAAAUUGGUUGUUUUAAUUUCAUAAUUGAUAUCGGCAUCUGCAUACGUAUGGUAUGGAGGCCCAGGGGAAGGCACUAAUGGUGAGUUUUGAAGCCCUACCCUGGCCCAGGGUAUUCGUUGAACGGUGUUUUAUUCGCAGCCAACAUGCGGAGACAUAACAGAGGUUUAAGCGUCUGCGGGGUGCCAGGCGAAAUAGAAGGCGAUGAAAAGAAGAAGUUGGACAGAGAGAGGAGUCUCUCCGUUAAGCAGAUACGGGCGAGGAAACGCAGAAAUUUCAUCAAGGAGUACAUAAUCGACUACACCUCCAACUCUAAUCUCCACGGCUUGAAGUAUAUUGGCGAGAAAGAGAGAACUUUCAUUGAAAAGGUGUUCUGGCUGUUCAUGUUCACGUGCUGCGUGGUGCUGUGCGCGGGGCUGAUCCGCAAGGUGUGGAUCAAGUGGAACGAGAGCCCCGUCAUCGUGAGCUUCGCGGAGACCUCCACGCCGGUGUGGCAGAUCCCGUACCCGGCGGUGACGGUGUGCUUCGAGACGAAGGCGAUGCAGACGCGGUUCAACUUCACCGAGUACUACCAUCUGUACUACAACGAGAGCACCCUGGCCAACUUGACUGAGGAGGAGAAGCACCUCUUCGAGGACAUAUCGCUGGUGUGCGACGACCACCUGUCCCCGCCGGGAGGCAGGAAGAUCUCUAAUGGAAACGAGACCGUCAACAACAUCAGAGUGACGUCUCCGAACAUAACGGACGUGUUCUUCGGCUGCAAGUGGAAGGAUGCGCCGCGGGACAGCUGCACCGACCUGUUCUCGCCCAUCCUGACGGAGGAGGGGCAGUGCUACACCUUCAACACCCUGGGCGCCUCAGAGAUGUUCCGGACUGAGAAUCUACACCAAGAGUACGGCUACUUGGAGCACGAGAACUCCGCCGACAACUGGACGCUGGAGGACGGGUACCCGCCCAUGACGCCGCUCGAGACCUACCCGCAUCGCGGCUCCGGAUACGGCGUUAAAACUGGCUUAACGUUUUUGUUAAAGGCUAAGGAAACUGACUUGGAUUAUCUGUGCAAGGGACCCGUCCAAGGAUUCAAGAUCCUCCUGCAUAACCCGGCAGAGUUACCGCGGCUGUCGCAACAAUACUUCCGUUCGCCUCUGUCGCAAGAAGUCGUGGUCGCCGUCAAACCCAAAAUGAUGACCACGUCGGAAGGCCUGCGACCUUACGACCCCACACGUCGCCAGUGUUACUUCCCGACUGAGCGGUACCUGAGGUACUUCAAGGUGUACACUCAAGCCAACUGUGAGAUGGAAUGCCUCACCAACUUCACGAAUGUGCGGUGCGGAUGUGUGCAGUUCGGAAUGCCCCACGGUCCAAACAUGUCGGUUUGCAAUGCCGGUAACAGGGAUUGUAUGAAGCAAGCACAAGUGGAACUGGUAACAGUGGAGAUCCUAAGCGGUUUAGACCCUCACACAUCUCACAACGACACUCUCGGGGACGCUCGGGCGGUGGCGGCCGAGUGCCGCUGCCUGCCCGCCUGCACCUCCAUAGAGUAUGAGGCCGAGACCUCGCAGGCUGACUACGACUGGAAGGCUAUCUACAGGGCUUACAAGCUACCGAUUGAAGAGGACAUUGAUGACCUGUUCUACGCGCGCGUGAUGAUAUUCUUCAAGGAGGCGCAGUUCAUCACGUCCCGCCGCUCGGAGCUCUAUGGUCAGACGGACUUCCUCGCCAACUGCGGCGGUCUACUGGGGCUGUUCAUGGGCUUCUCCAUCUUGAGUGUGGCUGAAAUACUCUAUUUCCUUACUUUGAGACUCUGCUGCAUUUUAUGGCGUCGCAGGCGGUCCAAGAUGCGCGAAGCCAACAAGACCAAAGAAAAUGAAUAAUCUCAACAAAACCUACUCUAUUCAAAACCUCUAGUCCUACUUAGUUUCAAUAUUUAUUAAUCACAUAAUAUUUUAAACUAUCUACUUAAACUUAAUUAAUAUAAGUACCUACCUAAGUACUCACUUUAACCUA